AUGGCAGUUGAUGAAGCCCCUAUUCCUCGAACUGAGUUCGACGUGCUAAGGUCUGAUGUAGAUCAGCUGAAGACCAAUGGUGAUCAGAUAAGGGCCGCCAUAGAGCGACUUAUGAUGGCGGUAGAGCCUACCCAUAGGAGCAGAGACAAUGUUUAUAUCUUCAAGAAAGAUGGACGACGAAUUGUGCUCAAACCUCUUAUAGAAAAGGAGACAUCUAAGAUAAAGACUAUUGGGAAGAAGGAACUCUUGGUGACAAACAACGAUGCUUUAACAGAAAACUUGAAGCAAUUUGAAGAGGUCUGUGACUUGGUUGUAACUGAAAAAGAAGAACAUGCCUCUACCGAAAUUCCUCCUAAGGUGCAGACACUCGAUAUGCAUGAAAUGCAUGAUGGUGAUAUGAUAGUGAAGAUGGAUGAUAUGCAUGAUAUUCUUAAAGUGGUUGAGAGUGAUAUUCAACAUAUUGAUGUUGUCCCGAUAGAGGAGAAUGAUAAAAUAGAGAGUGAGACAAUUGAUGGUACGUGUGCAUUGCUUGGUGGAGAGCUUGAGAUAAAGGAGAUGAAAGAAUUGUGUAUGGACAUCACCAUUCCAAAAAACCUGCCAUUCCCUGAGGAAGACUGCAAGAAACUAAAGAAAGCUUUUGAUGGUUGGGGAACUGAUGAGGAUGCUGUAAUAGAGAUAUUAGCUCAUAGAAAUGCAAGGCAAAGGAUUAAGAUUGCUGAUGCUUACAACCGUUUCUACAAUGAAUCUCUCAUUGAUCGUCUCCAUUCUGAGCUCUCCAGCCAUUUUAGGGUAUUCUUCUUACAAAGCGAGGCUCUGAAAGCUUCCAAAAAGAAGGGUGAUAAACAUCUAUGGCCGAUCAUAGAAGUCACAUGCGCUUCAUCUCCGGACCAUCUGAUAGCGGUGAGAAAGGCUUACUGUACUCUGUUCAACUACUCUCUCGAAGAGGAUAUUGACCUUCACUUACCCCAGAACCAUUCAGUGAGACAGCUAUUGGUUCGUCUUGUGAGCUCCUACAGAUACGAUGGGGAGGAUUUGGAUGAAGCAUUGGCAAGAUCUGAGGCGUCGAACCUCCAUGAUGCGAUAAUAAGCAAGCAGCUUCAUAGUGAAGAAGUCAUUCGUAUAAUUGGUACAAGAAGCAAACCUCACCUCAAAGCUACUUUCAAGCAUUACAAGCAAGACUAUGGGAAAACCAUAGAUGAGGAUUUGAACUUUGGUUGCUCUGGUACCAUAUUAAAGUGCUUUCCACUUCAUCAAAAUUUCAAAACUGUGGAUAUUGAGGGGAACAAAAAAAGCGAUGAACUAUAUGCAUCGUUGCUAAAAGUUGCAGUUCGUUGCUUGGACUGCCCUGAGUUACAUUUUGCAGAGGUGGUGAGAACUUCGAUAGUGGGUCUGGGAACGGAUGAAGACUCACUGACAAGAGCUAUUGUGACCCGGGCUGAAAUUGAUCUGAAGAACAUCAAAGAAGUGUAUACCAAAUACGGAACAAGCAUUAACGAUGAUAUUAAGGGCGAUACAUCUGGUGAUUAUAAGAAAUUUUUGCUUGCUUUGGUGGGGUGGGACAUCACGAUAUAGAGUUGCAUAGUAGGCAUAUUUAUGAUCCCCUUUGUGUGAAAAUAAAUAAGGAGUGUGAUGGGAUUGAAGUUGUGCCUACAUACAUUGCCGGUAUCGGUAAAUUUGUGAUUUUUUCUUUUUGUGAUUUCUCUCUGCUUUUCUACCAACUUUACCCCAUCUGAAGAAGGAAAUUGUGGAUCCUAAAACCCUGUACUUCCUCUUAUGAAUCUUGGAUGCUUCUCAA